AUGACAUCCACCGGCAGCGCGCCAACCCUCGCGCCCACACGAGAAACCUCGACUCCCUCCCAAAUUCUCACCUCCUCCAUCUCCUCCCUCUCCUCCCCAACCCGGCAAACCACCUCCCAUAUAUCCAAAAUCUACCGACAGGCCUCGACGCUCUUUCUGACGCGGCGCCUCCCCGAAUCCCUCUCUACGAUCCUCCCAGUCAUCACAUCUCCUCCCGACGAGAACAACCCCGGCGCAGUACUCGACGCCGCACCCGUAUCGAAAGCCGGAAAGACGACCAGAGUCAAGGUGUGGAGCUUAUACCUGACCAUUUUGAACGCAGUGCUGGAGCUGGAUCCCGAGGAAGGGAAGCUGGCGUUCGGGGGCGCCGAGUGGAGGGCGCUGGUGCAGAAGGUGCGCGACGGUGAGGUCUGGGAAGACGUAGUAAGGGAUGGAUAUGGGGGAGUGGAAGGGGACGUGGAUUCGGAUGUUGUGAUAAACUUAGCAACCCUUCUUCUAGCCCACGCCCGCUCGCAAAAAAUCAACCAAGCCCGGCUCGAGACCUAUCUCGCAACUUCCUCUCACCCCACCAUCCCCUCGCAAAUCCCCUCUUCCUCCGACCCUCAUGUCUCGACGCGGCGGCCAUCCGUAGCAAAGAAUGCUUCUGGCACAGACACUCCCCGCGAUCUGACAGCGCGCGUCAAAAUUCUCGAGCUCUAUACCCUGCACGUCUUACUGCGAAACAACGAGUGGGACUACGCCCGUGAAUUCAUAACCAUCUCCUCGGUCCUCGACGAGGAGCGCCGCGAAGCCUUCUUACAGGCGCUGCAAUCCUUAAAGGAAGAGCAGUUUGAAGCGGAACGUAGAGAAAAUGAAGAGAGGCGGUACCAGGAAGAGCAGUUGAAGAGAGACAUUGAAGAUGCGCGGAGGCGGCGCAUCGAGAGCGAAGAGAGAGAGAGGAGGAGAGAAGACGAAGAACGGCUACGGAGGGCGAGGAAGAAGGGAGGUGUAGCGGGGAGUGAAGUCGACUAUGGCGUCGACGAAACUCCGCGACCGGGAUCAUCGAAAUCUCGAGCCUCUGCGAAAGGGUCCUCGAAAGGCACGUACCCUUCCUCGGGCAAAAAAACGAAUCCUGCAUCCCCGCCAACGUCGCGGCCAGCUAAGAACACAGCGGCCAAGAUCCCGCCUACGCUCCUCAAACGAGCCGGCAACAUCAUCUCCAACAUUCAGAGACUGGUAUCGGGCAUGGCGGGGAACUUCCAGACGCGGCCGCUGUUCUUGAUGCAAUUCCUGGCGUUCUUGAUUGGCUUCCUGGUGUUGAUCAGUCGGCAGGGUGUCAAGGAGAGGCUGAAGAAGCUGAUAGGCGGUGCAUGGGGGAAGGUGAGGAGUACGGCGGGAAUGGGAGUGAAGGUUAGCUAUAUCUGA